CUUUUUUCAGUUCCUCCUUCUGCAUCGAGACACACACAACUUCACACCCUCAGGAGAGCAGGCUUCAGGUCAGUUCAUCAUGGCACAUACAGCUGUAAAUGUCCAGCCAGGGAUGAUGGUGAGCACGACUAACAUGACUUCGACCCUGUGGAGCACCGGAUUGUGUGACUGCUGUGAUGACAUGGGCAUCUGUUGCUGUGGGCUUUGGUGUCCAUACUGCCUCAUGUGUAAAACCAGUGAAGAAUUUGGAGAGUGUCUGUGUCUCCCCCUGCUGGAGAUAUGCUUUGGUGGCAUGUUGCAUCCUAUUACACUCUCAAUGAGGAGCGCCAUGAGAGAGAGAUUCCACAUUAAAGGCUCGAUACAGGAUGACUGCUGUACAGUGUUCUGCUGCUCUCUGUGCGUCUGGUGUCAGAUGGCCAGAGAGCUGAAGGCUCGACGAAACCCUAUGGUGGUCGUUAACACAGUUAACAUGGUUCACCAUCAGCCGCAAGCUUACAACCAGCCAACUCAAUCCAUCGAUCCAUCCUACCAGCCUCUGAACCCCGGCAAUCCUCCCUACUGACGGCCUCGGUGCAUAUGAGCACACCUGCCUUGCUUUAACCUCAAACUCCCCAAAGAGCUAAAUCUGCUGUUUUGUUGAAAUUACAUAGGAACAUCUGUCCAGAUGUCAUUUUAAUAUUUUUAUCUAGCUUACCUGUUUAACAAUGCCACUAUUUUUUACUAAUCACAUUUUGUACACAUUUU